CGCUGUCAGGCUGACGUGUGUUUCACGCGACGGAAAGUCCUCAAAAAACAAAACCGGAGGAUGGAGAGAGCGUGAAACUGGGUGACAUAGAGAGAGAGAGACCGGGGGGGAGAAAUAGAGAGAGAGAGAGAGAGAGAGACUAAGAAGAAUCGGGGGAUAGAGAGAAAGAGUGUGAAACCGGGGCAGAGAGAGAGAGAGACGGAAAGCCCCAAGGCAGACGUGGGCUCUGGACAUGGCCACCGAGUUAAGCGGGUGGCUGAACCCGGCGGACAUUGACAUUGGCAGCGGGUCCUGGGACCUGGACCGGGACUUGGAAUCAUUACUGUUUGAAGAACUUAAUGAUUCCACUGAUGUUCUUGAGGCUUUGAAAAAUCCAUUUGAUAUGGACGUGGAAAUUGACUUCAGUUUGGAAAGCUCACCUUGGGACGAUGAUCCUUGGGGACCACUGUGCAACAUGUCUCCAGGCACACAGAUCAUGUCAGAGCCUCAGUCUCCAGCUUCGAGCUGUUCAAUGACUUCUUCUGCAGAUUCAAUAUUGCAACAUGAAGAACUCCUCUAUACCUUAUCAUGUCAGUCUUCUCCAGUUUCACCAUGUAGUAAGACCAGUGAGUGUUCUUCUCCAUUAGGCGAGUCAAAGGUCACGAGCUCCCCUGAAGUUAAACAUGAAGAGUCUGGACCAGUGAAUGUCACAUCAAAUGUUUCAAAACAGAAGCCUAUUCAACCGAAACCCAUCCUCAUUCCAGCUUUAUCUGUGUCACAGUCUAGCCCAACACUAGCUGGAAAAACCAUUAUAAUUCAACCGGUUCAACCGGUUCAAAAUGUGGUGUCUGUCUUAAAACAACAACCAGUGAAAAUCUGUCCAGCUCCUGCUGGUCAGGCAAUUGUGGUUCCUCAGCCUGCUGUGGUACAGCUUCAGCCCCAAAGUCUUCCUGCUGCUCAUCCAGUUAUAAACAUGGCUGGUGGAGCCAAUCACGUUGGCACAGUUCCUCUGAGAGUACUGACACCUGCAAACAAGAGCACUAUGAAUGGAAAUGCUCCGGCGGGAAAAGCUGUCAACUCAACACCUGCACCUGCUGCACCCAGCAACAGGAAGCCAGAUGUAAAUGCACUAAGACGCCAAGAAAGAAUGAUUAAGAACCGUGAAUCAGCAUGCCUGUCCCGGAGGAAGAAGAAGGAAUAUCUAUUGAAUUUGGAGUGCAGGCUUCGGUCUGCACUGCUUGAAAAUGCAAAGCUAAAGAAUGAAAACGCAUUGAGAACGAUGCCAAAAAAUCCAGACGAUAUCAAGAUAUUUUAUGAUGAUGAACUCACUCACCUUAAAUACUAA